AUGCCAUCACACAACCCACCACCAGCCCGUCUGACGGUGCUGCUGGCAACAAACAUCCACUGCGCAUCUUGUGUUGCCCUUGUUCAAGAGAUACUUGCAUUUUACCGGUCCAUCACGAGCGUCGAUGUCUCUGUUCUGCAGCAGGAAGUCCGGGUCCGUCAUGGACCUGAAAUCAGUGCUUCAGACCUAGCUAGGACGCUUAUCGAUGCGGCUUUUGAGGUACAGAUAGCGACGACACAGGAUGAGCCUACGGGACGGAUCUUGGACUCCAUCGAGACUUCAGAUUGGGUUACGUCGCCGCCUGUCGUGCUAUCACCUCUAUCAUCGCCUAGUACACAUAACAGAGCUACACGGGCGCAUAGAUUAUACGAAUCCCAACGACAGAAGCAUAUAGACAACUGCCAGGCCUGCCAGACUGAGCGACAGUAUGCUCUCCACGAAGCUGAGAAAUCCCAGCCCAAGUACGACAGGGUGUGGACAGAGAAGUUGGUGACAACGUCUACACCGAAAAAUGACGAACCCGAACCCGAGAAGGAGAUGCCAGCCUUGGAGUCUGUGCAGGUCACACAACCAAGGCUACCGGAUGUUUUCCAUGCCCGGAUCGCGAUAUCUGGAAUGACGUGUGGUGCAUGCGCCAAUUCAGUUACGGAAACGAUACAGCAACUAGACUUUGUCAAGGAGGCGUCUGUGACAUUGUUGACCAAUAGCGCUGCUGUGACCUACACCGGCCCACGAGAGAAUAUUGAUAAAAUCAUUGACGAGAUCGAGUCCACUGGAUUUGAUGCUACAGCCGACACGGUAGAGAAAGCCACCAAGACAGCGGAUCAAGUAGUCCCGGUGUGGGAGGCUCAAUUCGGCAUUGGCGGAAUGACUUGUGCUUCUUGCGUGAACGCCGUUACGAAUCAUGUCAAGCAGAUGGAUCGUGUGAAAGAUGUGAAUGUUAGCUUGUUGACCAACAGCGCUACAGUUGUCUUCUCAGGCGAACAGUCCUACAGCAAGACGAUAUGCGACGAGAUUGAAUCUAUCGGGUACGACGCCUCGUUGAUCGAUGUCGUGCAACAAAACAAACCCUCUUCCGACAGUCGCCCUCCAUCUAAUAGGUAUAUUGCAAGCAUCAGCAUCAACGGUAUGAGCUGUGGUGCAUGUGUCGGAAAAGUCACGCAGGCUGUUCAGAGCAUUUCUCAUGUCAAAGAUGUUGCGGUCGAUUUGCUUUCGUCUAGUGCAAGAGUCGAGUUUGAGGGCAGGGACAACGUGCAAGAAAUCAUAGACGAGAUAGAGGAUAUUGGCUACGAAGCGACUCUCAUUGAUUGCAAGCCAGCCGAAAGCGAGCCCACUUCAAAGCCGACGGAACGAACAGUCAUGAUCCGAGUCGAGGGCAUGUUCUGUCACCACUGUCCCGAGAAGGUCCUUCUGUCACUCAAGGAUCUGGAUGACAGUGUCCAGAUCUCAAAAGACCCUACUUUGAAAGACCCCAUUGUCAAAGUCACGUAUACGCCCAAACAACCAAACUUGACAAUUCGACGAAUUCUGGCCGUUAUCGACUCGUCCCAUGAGAAUUUCAAGGCAAGCAUUUACCAUCCUCCAUCUAUCGAAGAUCGUUCUCGCACAAUGCAACUCCGUGAGAGACGCCGUUUCCUCUUCCGUCUCGCCUUUGUCCUGAUGGUCGCCAUACCAACCUUCAUCAUUGGAAUCGUCUUUAUGGAUCUUGUGCCAUCGGACAACCCUGCUCAUAGAUAUCUUUCGGAACCAAUUCUGGGAGGAUCGGUAUCUAGAAUGCAAUGGGCAAUGUUCUUUGCGACCACACCCGUCAUGUUUUACGGGGCAGAUGUAUUCCACAUCCGAGCUAUGAAAGAAGUCCAAGCCCUGUGGCGACGGGGCAGUAAAGUGCCUAUCUUGCGUCGAUUCUACCGGUUCGGCAGUAUGAACUUGCUGAUUUCGGCUGGAACCUCGGUGGCGUACAUUGCGUCUCUGGGUGUGCUUAUAGCUGGUUCGGCCACAAAGUCUUCUGAAGCUGCAGGCUUGGAUACCUAUUUCGACAGUGUGGUGUUUUUGACAUUGUUCAUUCUGGCUGGUCGCGCUCUGGAGGCUUACAGCAAAUCCAAAGCUGGCGACGCUGUUUCUGAUUUGGGAAAGUUGAGGCCUAGUGAAGCGUUACUGGCGAAUCCUACUAUAGACUCCGCAAGUUCUGAAACCAGUGUUCAGAGAAUAAAUGUCGACCUGCUUGAAGUUGGUGACAUCGUCAUUAUUCCGCAUGGUGCUUCCCCUCCAGCAGAUGGUGUAGUCACCAGCACCGGCGAUUAUCAAUUCGACGAGAGCUCUCUGACCGGCGAGUCCCGACCCGUCUCCAAAUUAACUGGUGAUGAAGUCUAUUCAGGCUCCGUCAACGUCGGCCAGCAAGUAUCCAUCAAAGUCACAGAAGUCGGAGGAGCCUCCAUGCUCGACAAGAUUGUUAGCGUUGUCCGAGAGGGACAAAGCAAGCGAGCACCCAUGGAACGCGUUGCAGAUGUUAUUGUUGCAUAUUUUGUGCCCGUCAUCACACUCAUAGCCAUCCUAACUUUUAUUAUCUGGCUUGCACUUGGUCAAUCCGGUUCUCUUCCAUUGGGCUAUCUUGACACUGCGCUCGGUGGCUGGACUUUCUGGAGCUUGCAAUUUGCCAUUGCAGUGUUCGUUGUGGCAUGUCCAUGUGGCCUCGCCCUCGCUGCCCCAACAGCACUCUUCGUUGGAGUUGGUCUUGCUGCAAAACGAGGUAUCUUAGUCAGGGGAGGUGGAGAAGCCUUCCAAGAAGCUACACGCCUUGAUGCGAUUGUAUUUGACAAGACUGGCACCUUGACUGAGGGUGGGAACCUUAGAGUGUCUGAGCAUGAGGUUCUUGACUCUACAGACUCUGAAAAGGUCACUAUUGCCUGGACGUUGGCGCGAGAACUUGAACAGACUAGCAACCAUCCAAUUGCAAAGGCGAUUGUUGAAUUUUGCAAGGACAAAUUGUCUGGCGAGAAUAAGGUCAGCGUGAAGUCGUCUGAUAUCCUCGAAAUUUCUGGGCAAGGAAUGAAAGGUACAUUCACACUAUCAAUCGAUGGUGAGAUUGCAUCGUAUGAAGCCGUCAUUGGCAAUGGGCGACUUGCAAAGAGUGUCGCCAUUCAAACAUCGGACUCCCAAUACUUCUUGGAAAACAUUCUAUCCACAUACCAAUCAUCCGGUCGUUCAACGGCAACCCUCCUCCUCCGCAAGACUCAAUCACCCACUAACGAAAAGGACAAGGAAACGGGCAUCACCACCAACUCCGACCCCUUUAUUCCUUUGAUAGUAUUCGCCACAUCAGACCCCAUCCGCGCCGAGUCUGCUCAGGUCAUUUCCCAACUCCAAAAACGCAAUAUAGCCGUCUACAUGUGCACCGGCGACAACGAAAAGACCGCCUACGCCGUCGCCUCUACACUCGGCAUUCCACACCAAAACGUCCUCGCCAACGUGAUGCCGGCCCAGAAAGCGGAAUACAUUCGCAAAAUUCAAUUCUCAUCCUUGUCGUCUUCGGAACAGAGUACAAAACAAAGCAGGAAGGUAGUCGCCUUCGUAGGCGACGGCACAAACGAUUCUCCAGCGUUGACCGCCGCGGACGUCAGUAUCGCCAUGUCCUCCGGCUCCGAUGUUGCCAUUUCUUCAUCUUCCUUCAUUCUACUAAAUUCAAACCUUACCACAAUCUUUGAGUUGGUUCAACUCUCGCGCCGCGUCUUCAAUCGCAUAAAACUAAACUUCUUCUGGGCCGCGAUAUACAACGUCAUCCUCGUCCCCGUCGCGGCCGGCGCGUUUUAUGCUAUUCCGGAUGGAACACAGACCGUGGAUGUGGCUGGUCAUAUGCAGCAUGUCAGCGGGCAUUGGAGACUGAGUCCCGUUUGGGCAUCGCUUGCGAUGGCAUUGAGUAGUGUGAGCGUUGUGUUGAGUAGUUUGGCGCUGAGGAUUGAGGGGCGAGACAUUAAGAGGUGGAUAAAGAAGGUGUUCGGGAAGGCAUGA